GUCGGCUGUUCGCGGGGAACGGUCAAUCAUCGUUGGAAAACACGCGCAACUAAAAGUUAAUCAAACGUAACUUCCGUUUCGUGCGGCACUCGCCUUUCUCGAUAGUCCAAGUUUCGAGUCGUCACGUUACCUCACAGAUUGCCUGAAGAGCACGAUCGUUUUCAACGCCGAGUAUCUAUCGACUGUGUUACAACUAAAGAGAGAGAAAUCCAACGUUAUCGCGUCGGUGGAUCUGGAGUGUUGUUUUCUCACUUAAAGAAUAUUUCCCACGUUUGAUUUGCGAUGCAUCCGACUCGUGAUCGGCAAUGACUUUGAGAGAUCGAUAAACAGUUGUCGAGAGUUUCGUCGAACGUGGCAUAAUCGAUAGAUUCUCGUGCAUAAGAGAAUUCAAAAUAUUGGCUUAACGCCAAAGACGAGGACGACAAGCCUCUCGGGCAAAUGUAACGCAGCCAAAAUAAGCACCAGCAAAAAGACGAGUCAACGCGGUCGCGUAAGGCUCGCUCUACUAGAGCUUCACCUCCUUCGCCCUGCGAGACGGAAGUACCUGUAACUCCGUAGCCUACGGAUCCGGAUAGUACACACCGACAAAAUGAAUCUAACGUGUCAGAGAGUAGAUCGAUUCGCGAUGCAAACUUUGAUCUAGAGAUAAAUUACGCGUAUUCUAAACAAAGCUAGAUAAGAGUCGGAUAGAGAGACGUUUUCAUUCAUCUAUUUGGACAGGAAACCGAGGGAAAGGAGCCGUUUCUAGGAUAGCGGCAAGAUGUUGCGCGGCGUAGAACUCGAUCGAUCGGUUUGACAUCGUUUUGCCUCGAUGGAGUCUGGAUCGACGAUGGCGAAGAAUCGAGGGGCCAAGCUGACACCUGGAAACGAGAUCACCGUCAGGAAGACGUCUUUAUCCGGUGGAAUCAAACACGACAUCGGAGACAACGCGCUUCCAUCGACUGUCCAACGAAAUGCUCGCCAAAAAACUCGGCGGAUUCUCGAAGACAGCUGGCAGGUAAACGGUAUCCAGGCUGUGCGCGUAAAGUGCAACUCCUCGGCAAAGGGCAGUACCUGCACGGUGAACAACUACAGCAUCGUUGCCUCUAGGGGAGAGCUUGCUCGAAAUAACUGCGCGUCGCGAGAGACGCCGGCGCCGUGCAUCGUUAACAAGAAGAACAGAGCGAUCCUCGACGCGAGCACCAGCGCCAAACGCCAGGAUAGCUUUCUCAAAGAAGAGUUCUUCGGUAAACAGCUCCCCCAGGACGCCACAAGAUCGAACGACUUCAGGAAGAUUCAGAAAGCCAUUCGAAAGUCGUUAUCCGCUCCCCUACAUCUCGCGGAAGGACUUUCGGCAGCGGAGAAGACGGGACGAAGGCCGACCGAGGAAGGUAUUCUGAAAAGGUCCUCUGCUUUCUUUGCGAAUCUCACCCAUUCCGCGAAUAGAAUCGUAGAGGCGCGAGCAAACAACGGUUCGAAACAAGAAAAAUCUUGUUCGGAUGGUUAUCGUUCCGGAACCGGUACCUCGGCCAAACACUCAACUUUUAAGGGAUACUUUUCGAUCCUGAGUAACGUCUCCGGUGAACACCAGUCUCUUCGACGUUCGCCGAGCAUUCAAACGCUACCAGUUGAACGGAAAAAGAAAAACAGUGCCCGCGUGAAGAAAUCUGUGUCCUUCAGUUCGGAUACGAGCUUCGAAGAAAAACGCGCGCCUUACAGAAGACCAGCCGUUCACGACGUCAAGGUUUAUUGCAAGGGUGUCUUGCAAGAUCGCAGCGUGCUCGAGAAUACGAUCGUCGUAAAAGUGCCACCGUCGUGGGAAACACCCUCCGAGGGCCGAUCGGCCCUCCUGAGGGCAGCCAGGGAUGCAGACGACACGACCCUCCAUCAAAUCGCCACUCGCGUACGAAAAUUCGGAUUCGGGGAUAUGGACGUGAACGUGGUCGAUAGCAGUGGCAGAACCGCCAUAAGCUACAUGGCUGGGAAUGGUGCCUCGGCGAUGUUGGAGCUGGCUCUGUCGUGCGAGGGUGUGGAUCCGAAUAUUCCCGACAACGAGGGCAACACGCCUCUACAUUUUGCCGCGCAGGCCGGCCAAACAGAGUGCCUGAACAUUCUCCUCCAAAGGUGUCAGGACAUCGAGGUGGACGCUAGGAACGCAUCAGGCUUCACUCCGUUGAUGAAGGCUGCUCUUCAAGGGAGGACCAAGUGCGCGAAAAUUUUGUUAUUCGCUGGUGCGAAUCCAACUUUGAGAGAUCACGGAAGAGGAUUACGAGCGGAACAGUGGGCCAGAUUCUGCGGAAGAUACGUUUGCGCUGAAGUGAUCGAGAGGUUCGCCAGGCAUCGGCUUCUGGAAAGGUCGACGUCGUGCAGAUGGGGUAGCGAACCCGAACUAGCGGCAAAAGUACUUCAAGGAAAAUUGAUACCCAUACCCACGACUCCGUUGUCACCGCCGUCUAUGGGAUUAAAAUCAAAGAUAAGAAGAGUUUUCCGUACAACCUCUGGACCAGAUCGAAAUUACUCGUUGGUUUCGCAACUGACCAGCGCUGCUCUUUGCGUGAGCAGUCCCGCUUUACCGAAAGCCAGCGAAGUUCCUCCAGUGGUUAAAAGUCUCCUUCGACCGCUGAGCGUUCCACAGCUGAGAGUGACACUGGUAUCGUCGCACGACUUUCUCGAGCAAUCGAAGGACAAGUAUGUAAAUUUCACGGAGAAAAUCGAGAACACGGUGGUAAAACCGUCGCGAUCGAAGAAGAAGACCAAAUAGACAGAGUUUUUGUUCCAGAUAAAUUAUCCUUUUUCUUCCAACGCGUUUGAUUUAAGUGCCAUCGUAUGUUAUAAGCGUUGCUCUAGAUUGUUUUCGAUGUAAAUGGUGCGGUUGAAGGUGUAAACAAUUCAAACUUAAUUUUGGUUUACGAUCCCGAUGGACCGUACCCAUCGAGUAGCAGCGCGUAGAACGUGUCGAAAGUCAGGAAUACCAAAGAAUCGACUAGAAUCGCGGUGACUCAUCGAAUUCCGGGGAAGAGUGGAUAGAAUAAUUUGAAAACUUUAUCAAUGACCAUCCAUCGAAUCAAAGUGCGAACAUUCUCUCCGAGAUUUUUUUUAACCAGCGACGCUCACGCGUGCUCGAGGGCAACGCGAUAUUUUGUAACUAUGCAAUGAUCGUCGAAUGAACUUUUAAAUAAACGUCUUGAUAUUACAAA